AUGGCAACCCUGUACCAUCCAGUCCUAACCUACGACCCCAUCACGGACCCAACAGGCCGUCGCACAAACCACUACCAGGUGGAGCGGUCGCGCGAUGGCUUCGUCUUCGAGGCGCUGGCGGACCCGCUGACUGGCACCGCGACGCCCUUUUACCGGGGAGACUCUUUGAUCAUCGCGACUGCGGGCUCCUACAGGCACGAGAUGUUCGUCUACCCCGGCCCGCGGGCGAGCUACGCCGUGUUCCUGGGCCCGUCGAACCCGCUCAACGACAGCGGGACGGCGCUCGUCGCCCCGCCGGGGGCGUUCCUGUCGCUGCAGCGCGGGGCGCUGGCGGGCGCGGUGGCCGCGCUGCGGACGGUCGUGCGGAUGCUGGAGAAGGGGCUCGUGCCGUGUGGGGGGGCGGUGGGGAGGGUCAUUGUCAAGACCGACUCGGAGUAUGUCGCGCUGGGUUGUACUGAGCGGAUUGGGGGGUGGGUUAGGAGGGGGUGGCUCGGCUGUGGGGAGUCGAGGAUCCGUGAUUGGGACCUCUGGGAGGUGGUUCUUGCCCUGCUUGAUGUUAUCAUGCACCAGUGGGGUGUUGAGAUCCUCUUCUGGUUGGUGCCAGCUGAGUGGAACCGUGAUGCCAAGUACCUUGCUGCUGAGGGCCUCAAGAUCCCGCCUCCGUUUGUGGUGGACUGUCGACCGCGGAGUCAGGAGCUGAGAGAGGACCGUAGGGUUGGCGUGCGGUGCUAG